GAUAUAAUGCGUAUCAAUUUUAUUGCGCGUGACGAGUUUUGCUCUUCUUGGCUGCCAUUUUCCUCAGAGAAGUUGGAUUUUACCGUUCUGUCUAGACGUCAGAUCUGGUAGAUCGUGGUCGAGUUAAAGUUUCCUCAAACUGUGACGUAUCUGUGACAUUGAUUACAUUUCUAGGAAACUUUUAGCAAAACGUUUAUUUGAAUCAUUCUAUUCAUUGAAUCGUGUUUAUACUUUGAUUACGAAGUAACAUCAAAUAAUAUACCUAUCUACACAGUUAAAACAGCUAUUGUUAAUCUUGUAUUUCGUGACAAUUAACUUUGAAAAUGUCUUUUGUAUCACCUAUGCCAAGUCGUGAAUUUUUGUGGGAUGUAUUUCAAAGAGUGGAUAAAGAUAGAUCUGGGGCAAUUAGUGCAGAUGAAUUGCAGCAGGCUCUUUCAAAUGGAACUUGGACACCAUUUAAUCCGGAAACUGUUCGUUUAAUGAUUGGUAUGUUUGACAUUGACAAAAAUGAUCCUGAUUCUUCAGGUAUGUUUGAUAAAAAUCAAAAUGGAACAGUCAAUUUUGAAGAGUUUGGAGCCUUGUGGAAAUAUGUAACAGAUUGGCAAAAUUGCUUCCGAUCGUUUGAUCGAGAUAACAGUGGAAAUAUUGAUAGAGAUGAACUAAAAACAGCUCUUACAAAUUUUGGAUAUCGAUUAUCAGAUCAAAUUAUAAAUACUCUUAUACGUAAAUACGACAGAGCUGGGCAUGGGACUAUAUAUUUUGAUGAUUUUAUCCAGUGUUGUGUAGUGUUAUAUACUCUUACUGCUGCUUUUAGACAGUUGGAUACAGAUUUAGAUGGUGUUAUUACAAUUCACUAUGAACAGUUCCUGGGCAUGGUAUUCAAUCUCAAAAUAUAAAAUAGACUGGUAUUUUGUUGAAAUUACUCUUGCCGGUUUUUGGCAGCUUAUACAAAUUUUUGAUGCCAAAUUUGAAAUUUAAACGUGCUAUGUAAAUGUUACAAAAAUUUAGUUACAACAUAUAUACAAAACAUUCCUAACACAGAUACAUAAUAAAGAUGGCCAAAAUUGAUUGAUGGCAUAAAUCUGAAUACUUAACUUAUAUAUUUGUUUCUUGAUAAAAUAGUGAAUCUAAUAUGCUUUAUUGUUUAUGAUUGGUAAGGUAAAACAUGGAAGUGUCGCUCUCCCAUUUUUAUGAAACUUUAUACUCUUGUUCAACAAGCAAAAAUAAGGAAUACGUACUUUUUUUUAUUGGCUGAAACGCGACAUUAAGUAUUUUGUACAAUGAGAUAAAAUAAUUUAAUAUAGUUGAUAAUUAUACGUUAUAAAAAUAGUUGUCUCUCACUCAUGCUUAUAAAUGACGUUGACUGCGAUAUGUUUCGAUACAGUAUCGCGUCGAUUUCUUGUUACUGUACAUAAAAGACAAUAAAACUUUCCCGUUAAGAGAUUCUCGUAUAUUUUCGUUGGUUUUCGUGAUAGUAUUUGUAGGUCGCUACUUUGAAGGGUGGUCCAUCCCUUAAAGUUGCAUAUCAGCCGAUAACAAAAUGAAUACGUGUCCCUUAUUUUUUGUUUGCAUAACAAACGUACGAAGUUUCAUUACGAUAGGAGCGGUACUUCCGUGUCUUUCCUUGUUAUGUAAAAUGUUAAAAAUUAAAAAAUGUAUUUUGCAAACAAUUGAGAGUAAUAGCUAAUAUUUAAAAAA